GGCGUGGGACUACGCAGCUGACGGAGAUAAGCGAUGCCGGCUAGUGCCAUCCAAGCACGACUUAGUUCCGAAUGUGACAGCAGAGAACCACACCGGUAUUGAGCGAGUUUUUAAUCCUGCUAAAUGUGCUGAAGGUCGUCGCUACACUUGCUAUAACAUCAAAGGCUCCUCAAUAAGUCCGGCCAUGCGGAUGAUAGUAGCGGCGCUGGCGCUGCUCUGGGCCGCGGGCGGCGAAGGCGUCGUCGUGGAUGUGACGGGGGGCGCCGUGCUGGGCGCUGAGGAGACCAGCGCGGGGGGCAGGCGCUUCUUUGCUUUCAGACACGUGCCCUACGCUGGCUUCGUUGAAGGAGAAUUUAGGUUUGAGCCACCGAAGCCGGUGGUGCCGUGGACUGGGACCCUGAACUGUCAGGACGCAGGCCCAGUCUGUGCACAGGGCGGGAUGGGGGUGGUGCAGGGGGAGGAGGACUGUCUACACCUCUCAGUGUACACUCCCCAGUUGUUAGGGGAAGCGUCAGCAAAGCUGCCGGUGCUGGUGUGGCUCCCUGGCGGGGCGUUCAUUGUGUCAGGGGCGAAUGCCUACGACCCCGCGCUGCUGAUGGACCGCGAUGUGGUGCUCGUUGUUCCGCAGUAUAGACUGGGCAUUUACGGAUUUUACUAUGCGUUCAGUGAAGCUCCCGGCAAUUACGGCUUACUGGACCAGGUGGCGGCGCUGCAGUGGGUGCAGCAAAACAUCGGCCAGUUUGGCGGCGACCCUUCACGCGUCACCCUCGCCGGGGACUGCGCUGGGGGAGCGUCCGCGCUCUACCACAUGAUCUCUCCGCUCUCGGAAGGGCUAUUCCACCGCGUGCUGGCCGUGUCGGGGACGGCCUUGGCUCCGUGGGCGACGAGCCACAACAGCCACCGGUCCAUGCUGGUCCUCACCAACUACCUUAAAUGUGCGCGAGCGGACACGGCAGCCAUGAUGAACUGCAUCAGGAGUCAGCCUGUGGAGACGCUCCUCGAGGCUCAGAUGUUCAUGCUGGAGGCCCGUGACUUAUUCGUCGGGAACGGCAACUUCGCCCCGGCCGUGCAGGCGCAGGUCGUCAAGAGGAAUGAGUCGCAGUUCGUAUUAGAGCCUCCGGUCAUCUCCUUCAUGGAGGGUCGCUUCUCAGAGGUGCCAGUUCUUUUAGUAACGUCAAAAGAUGUUGGAAACUACAUCUUGGACAUGUCCCUGUACGAGUGGAUGCAAUACAUAGAAGAGGAAAAAGAACUCUCAACUGACGAGAUCAUGUCCAUCAUCAUCAAAGAACUCCACGUGGAAGAAGGCAGUGAGGCAGAGGCCUUGAUCUGGCGACAAUACUUUAAAGACCGAAAAGGGCGACCGAACGUCGAGAGAAUACCGGCUAUUGCUCAGUUGUUGGGAGAUGCGCUCUACAACACGGGCCUCCUGCACACAGCUCGCUACCUGAAUGACAAAGUGUCCACAAGAAUAUUACGGUUUGACUUCGAGGACGGGCCACACUCGUUCUACAAGCGCCACCCUGACCCUGCCCUGGCACCACCGGUCCCGCCAGGUGCCGGCCACUGCGACGAGCUCAGCUACUUCUUGCCCGACCAUCACGAGCCUUUCACUUCAGAAAAACAGGAACGUGUCAGCCAAAUUAUGCUAGACGUGGUCGACGAUUUUGUGAAUGCACGAGAGCCGAAAACAUCGUGGCCGACUGUGACGGACGAAGGUUUGGAAUGCAUCGUAGUGACGUCUGACGGCGAGCUCACGACGGACGUUUUCUUGCCUCCUGACCGCGUGAGGGCGGCAGAGGAAAUAUUCCUGCAGCAGCACAAGAUUGAGCUCUUCAGGUAUAAGCAAGACAAGGAAAAAGGGCAACAUGACGAACUGUAGGAGCACUAACUGAGAAAAGCUCAAGAUAUGACUUUACAUGCGUAUUUUUAGUCGUAACAACUUAUUGUUUUCGUCACUUCUUUAAAUUAGUAGAGCUAUCAAUUAUGACUGUCAUAAGUACCACAAUUCUCUACCUCAGUUUGAAAAGUAGAGAAUAUAGUAACGUAAAGUUAAGAUGCAAAAAAUACGAUAUUUUGUUUACAUGAAUAAUUGAAUUCUUCAAAUC